AUGGAUAUUUACACUAAAGUAAUGGCCUCUGACCGUAUUCCGUUACUGAAUGGCAGUCCUGUUCUACAAGAAACCGUUUUUGGCUGGGUCGUUGGUGGAAGGGUGGAGAUUCAAAAACCGAUGAUCGCAGCGGUAGUGACCAAUGAAAUGUUGGACAAUACUUUGAGGCAGUUUUGGGAGUUAGAAAGUUGCGGUGACGAAACUAGGCGUGCUUCUGAAGAAACUCUAGCUGAACAACAUUUUGUCAAUACUCAUGUUCGACAAGAAGAUGGCCGUUAUGUAGUCGAAUUACCGUUUAAACCCAAUUGUCCAAACCUUGGCGAGUCAAAGGUGUUAGCGUUGCAACGUCUAAAAUCCACCGAAAGGCGAGUUAAACAAAACUGGUUGCUGGUAAACGAUUACGAGGAAUUUAUGAACGAAUACAUCGCUUUGGGUCACAUGUAUCGAGUUGGUUGUCUGAACGAAAUGGUUCUCGCCCCAGGAGAGCACUACUUUCUGCCUCACCAUGCAGUCGAAAAACCUGAUAGCAGAACAACAAAAUGCCGCGUGGUGUUCGAUGGCUCGGCAGUAACGACGAAUGGAAGAUCGUUGAAUGACAAUCUGCUUGUUGGUCCGGUAAUUCAAUCAAAGCUUAGUGACGUCGUAUUAAGGUUCAGAGUACACAAAAUCGCUUUCACGGCUGAUCUCUCUAAGAUGUAUCGACAAGUCAACUUGGCCGAAAAGCAUCACAGCUUUCAAAUUUUGUGGCGAACCAAUGAAGCAGAAGAACCAGAUGUGUACCGAUUGUCUACCGUAACGUACGGCUUAUCUAGUGCUCCAUUUCAAGCUGUUCGUGCCGUAAAGCAGUUGUGUAUCGACGAAGCAAAAACCUUUUCUCUGGCUGCUGAAAUUGUCCAAGACGAUUCGUACAUAGAUGACAUACUUUCCGGUGCAGAAACAGUUGACGACGCAAUUCACCUAAAGAACGAGUUAAUCGCAAUGUUUGAAAGUGGAAGAUUUGAUCUUCAUAAAUGGUGCUCCAAUAGCAGUAGUUUCUUAGAGCAGCUUCCUGAUGCGAAAAUAGAACAGAAGCUACUUGUCGGCGAGAAACAUGCAGUGAAGACCCUCGGCAUUAUUUGGAAACCAGAUGAGGAUGUCUUUAUGUUCAAUAUUAGUUCUGCAACCCAAGCAACUCGGGAGACUUCGAAAAGGGCGAUUCUUUCGGAGAUUUCUAAGUUCUACGAUCCAAUUGGUUUGGCAGGUCCAGUAAUUUUGAUUGCCAAACUCAUCAUGCAGAGCCUUUGGAAGAAAAACGUGAAGUGGGACGAAUGUGUCGACGAGGAAGAGCUAAGGAAAUGGCUCAAUUACAAAUCUCAAUUGGAGCAGUUACGAGAUGUGAAGGCGCUUACAACUACGACAAUUGAUGAAGAAAAAAAAAAUACAACUUCGACAAAUUGGCGUCACGUAGGCACCAGCGACAAUCCUGCCAACAUAAUAUCCAGAGGACUAAUGCCAAAGGAGUUAGCAGAAGCGGAGCUUUGGUGGCGCGGACCUAAGUACUUGAAAGGUCCUGAAUCAACGUGGCGGCAGCGAGAACGAGAGGAGAUUCCAGAAACGCAGCUGAUGGUUAACGUGGGUGCCGAGCAAAAAGAAGUGCAGCAAGUGUUUCCGAUUUUUAAGAAUUGUAGUUCUUAUCGUCGAAUGGUUCGUGUUAUGGUGUGGGUUCAAAGAUUCAUUCGUAUUGCCAGAAGAGAACCCAACGUGUCGAGAGCAGAAACGAUGAGCAGCAUUGAAAAGGCAACCGCCUUGCAACAGUUGGUGAAACUCGUCCAGCGGGAGGCCUACCCUGAACUAUUUCGCCAUUUCGAGCAGGGACGACAGCUUAAUGUUCCUCAUCAGUUAAUUACGCUAUCACCAACAUUUGACGCCAACGGAGUACUUCGUGUUGGAGGACGGUUACGAAACAAAACCUGUCCCUUUGACAUGAAGCAUCAGUACAUCCUACCACCGUAUCAUAAAUUCAGCGAAGCAAUCAUCCGGGAGUAUCACCGAGAAAACCUGCAUUCCGGAAAUCAACUUACAUUGGCAGCUACCCGUGAAACUUUCUGGAUCGUUUGUGGUAAGAGUGCUGUUAAACGGUUUUCCUGUUUGCGUUGUUUCCGUUACAAGCCGAAACUAUUACAACAAUAUAUGGGAGACUUGCCAACGGAACGUGUCGAGUUAGUGUAUCCAUUCUACAAUACUGGAGUAGAUUUUUGUGGUCCAGUUUACUUGAAACCAGCAAUUCGAUUAACGUCCCGAGUGAAAGCUUACAUUUGUGUGCCUAGCAACCAAGGCGAUACAUCUGGAAGAUUUGUGUCCCGACGGGGAAAAUGUGCCAAGCUGUUUUCCGACAAUGCUACGAAUUUUGUUGGCGGAAAUCAUGAUCUUCGAGAGCUUUAUGACCAAUUCCGUGCGCAGCCUUUCUUGCCGAAGUUAGCCAGUUUUUCCGAGGAUAAGGCUAUACAGUGGGUCUAUAUUCCUCCCCGAGCACCGUCUUUUGGAGGACUAUGGGAAGCUGUCAAGGGGAAACUUGUCGUGAUCCGCGAAGACAACAUGCCUCCUCAACAAUGGCCUUUGGGUCGCAUCGAAGAACUGUUCCCAGGUGAUGAUGACAUUGUACGAGUGGUAACGGUUAAGACGGCCAAAGGUGUUUACAAGCGUGCGCUGUCCCGACUAAGCUUCCUUCCGAUUCGUGAUAACGAAACUCCUGUACCGACGAGCGAGGAGAUGCAGCAGUGA